CUUUCAGUCACAUGGUUACUGCCUAACCGAGAGCUGAUGGAGCCAGAUGAAAAAGGCAGGAGGCGAGCCCCUCCGGUUGCGCGUCAGCAUCCCCUCAAAUAGGAAUCCGCUUCUGUCACGACAGCAGCCCUGAAACAACAAUUAGAGGCGAAUUUCAUUUCGGCGUGCGGCCCCCCCCCUUUUUUUAAUUUUUCAUUUUUUUCCCCCCUCAUGCGAUGCUAAAGAAGAAGAGUCAGGGCAGUGCUGCGAGGAGGCUGCAAAGAAUGAUAGUGAGGAUCAAGGCGCGCUGUCCCAGGAGAACUCAUCUGAAGAAGAGCUGGCCGUGAGACACCGGGAUGCUCCUCUAACACACCGGGGGCGAUUCAUCUUCUGUUGGAGGUCUUCGCGCACAUGUGCUCACUCUCAGACUCGCACGGAGACACGCACAAGCGGAACAAACACUCCGAGCCAAGACACACCCGACUCCAUCCUCACAGAGGUUUUCCUGAGCAGACGGUCUGUGUGGCAGAGUUUGAGCUUGAGUGAAAGUGAGGGAGUGAGCAAGACGGAGUGAGUGUCAUGGAUGUCAGCGACGGAAGUGCAGAGGACCCAACCUACCAAAACCUGCUGCUCCUGGGAGCCAUCGCAGCAGCAUCGGCCUUUGUGGUCACCAUCCUUAUUGUGCUUGUCUGCGUUGGCUGCCAAAGAAAAAGCAAGACCAAGCACCCCUCAGCUGGAGAGAAAGGGACAUCUGUAAAUAUGCAGGGUACUCUGCGGCAUCCAAAACUGAACUCUAUGAGUAAAUCUGACACCAGGCUGCAUGAGCUCAAUCGUUUUCCCUGCAAUGGAAACUCUGUUAGUAAGAGUCGUCCAGCCAGUAUGGACCUCCUGCUCCUCCACAGUCGGCGCUCUCAGACAGACCUGAGGCCCUCCCAUGGACGCCAGCUCCCCCAGAUCCCCACCAGUCCCCAGGGAUCCAGCCAAGGGGGAGGAGGGGAAACAGGAGGAGAUGGAGGAGGAGGAGGUGGGGGAGGAGGGGAGGCCAGAGACCACACCUACACUGAGGUGGGGCUGCGCAAUAACCCCACUCCCACCCACUACCUGGAUGAUGGCCUGUACGAAAGUGUAGGUGUUCGGGAAGGCGACGCAGGCUCCAAGGUUUCCUCCGCCCCACCGAGCACAUCAGCCAACACUCCGACUACAGUCAGAGCUGCUCAGAGCCCCCCAGCUCAUGCCAGCGGAGCUCGUAAUGGAAACGGAAACGGAAGAGGGAAUGGCAGGGGCAACGGCACCAUUAAUGGACCGAUGGCAGGGAGAGGUAACGGAGUGAGUGGGGCCAACAGGUCCCCCAUGUCUUCUGUCAAUUCACUGGCCAUUCAAGAUACAUCUGUUGCUGAGUAUGCUUCCAUACGGAAGUUCAGAAAGGUUGACAAGAUUAACAGGAAGGAAAAUAACGGCGCCGACAGCCAGUCAGACAGCCAGUCGAGCGUGAGUGAUUCACCGUCUGCCGCUCCUCCUCCUCUACAUCGCAGUCAAGAGUUUCCACGCAAACCACUGGAACCAUUUCACCUGCAUUCCUUCCCAAAGGAAUCAGUGUUCAUUGGCAAUGGGGAGCAAUACAUCUGGAAGCCUCCAGAAGAUGAUGACAUCAUUACCUUGCACCCACCUCCACACCGUGGAGAGAACGGACAGGGACACCCAUCGCCUCCAACUGCAAAGGAGAUUGCAGACACCUACUCCAUCGUAUGUAAAACCCAGAAGAAGAAACCUCCCAUGGAACACAAUGGGGCAAAGACCCUUCCGCGCUCCUUUGGUGGGGAGAGAGGAAACAUGGGUUCUCGGGGCCGAGGCCGAGGCGUUCAGGGCCAGGCACGUUCCCAGGAGGAGCCCUGCUAUGAGCCGGUAGGAGAUAGGUCCUGGUCCACCCCGGUGGCCGAGUCAGACCCUGCGUACGCUAGUGUCGACACCCAGCGGAAACGUGAGCAAGGAGGAACCAAUAACAGCACAACUGGGGGGAAUGCAACUCUGAAGAGAAAGAAGCAGACGCCACAGCAGCAGCAGCAGCAGGCAGCACCAGCGGCACCUCAAGGCUCAGGACCCACCGCCCCGCCUGUUCGAAACCUGCCUGGUGGGGAAAACUUCUAUGAGACCAUCAGCGAUGUGAAACAAGGGGCCAACAGCUCCAGCACUACCACCAUCUUCACAUUCAAUGAUGGGAUGGAGAUGUAUGUCACCGGCCUGUAGCUGGCUGACAGGCAGAAAAGGGCCCAGAAAUCACUGAUACCAAGUCCAGGGAUCUUCCUGUUCACCGGCCAACAGGUUGCUGUACAUAGACACAAGGCCCUCUAUCGUCAAAAAACAUGAGGAUCCAUUUUGUGUUGACACCAGGUACAAACAGGGUCUUAAUCCAGGUUCAGACUUCCCUUGAUUGGUCUGUACUUCAGAACCAGCCUAAGCCUAGUCCAGCCCAAAUAUGGACCAAAUGCAUUUUAACAAAAAAAGGAAAAAAAAUACAACUGGAAUAUACAUCUUCAAUCUACUGUGUCACUCACCAUACUCACUUGUUUGUGCAUCAUUUUCCAUGAUAUCUUUAUUUUUAUAUGAACACUGUACUCUUUAAAGAGUAUGUGGUGUAAUUCACAACCUGAGAAAAACACACUUUAAUAUAUAUGAAAAAAGAAAUGUGCAUGCAUUGUGCAAACUCAAACACACAUGAAAAUAUACGGUAGUAGCAAUCAGACAAGCUAUAUAAGGAGUACGAGGCACACUGUUAGGUACUGUCACCAAUACACACUCUCACAGACACACACACACACACACACACACACACACACAUAUAGGCUUCAUCCUUGGGGUGGGAGGGACUUGUGUAAUAUAAGCAUAUGGAUGUCACAGAGAUUUGCGGCGCUUAGCUCCCCCUAAGUAAACAUCUGAAACAGGUUCUCAGCGCACACUGACCUAUUGGCUGGCAGACAGCUUUGUCGUGCUUUGUUUAGGCCUAUAAUUUGUAGGUCUGCCUAAACACAGACGUAAGUGAAGGCUAUUGUCUUUAUCCCACAAAUUUUGAUCGAUGCACCCUAAGCUUCUAAGCAUUUAUCAAUAACAGACCUCAAGAUAACUAUAGAAACGCAUUUUGCUCACGAAUGUAACCUUCUCGUAAAUCAAGGGAUUAGUUAAAAAUCCACGCUCAAAUUUGACAAACAUCUGCAGCCAGAGGCAUGUCGACACACCCCAGCUCACCCCCACACAGACACAUAUUUGGCAGAAUCAUUCAGGGUGAAAUGAUCAGGUCAGGGGCAUUGAGUGGCUUGUGCAAGAACUUCCCCAGAGCGACGUGGGUGACAAAUUUCACAACGCGGGACCUUAACUGUAUUACUGGGAUGAAGGAGAGAAAAAUAUUUUCAAAAAUAAGGAAGUGAAAGAGUGUCCAAAAUAAUACAGGAUAUUUCAUAAGUUUAUGUGUCAUGUCUUUUGGGCAUUGUAAACAUCUGAUUUUAUGACUGUAGUAAUUUUGCACUGGACAGCUGCGGGACUGCUGGACUUAAUUGUGCAUUAAUGUGCUGUAAAGGGGGUAUCUGAGCACAGUUUUGAUUCGCCAGAGCUCCCUGUAGCUCAGUAGACUUAAGUCUGGUGGUUGAAAUAGCAACAGAAGGCUCGGACUCCAAGGAAAAUAAAGAGCUGGGCAUAAAAAUUACCAGUGAGUGUCCUUUGGAAGGUUGCCCUCUCCCUCUCCCCACCCUUGUCUCCAGCCUCUGUACUGAGUUCUCUUCCAUAACAAACAACGUCUUUCCCAUGUAGCUUUGGGGAACAUUAGAAAAAUGAAUAGAGGGAGAAAACAAAACAUUUGAGACUUAAUAAAUGGGCAUAAAGAUGAGAAGGGAAGAUGGCUGCAAAGUGCUCACAGGCUGAGGAUGCAUUCGAAUGAUCUCACUGUGAGACAACCACGCAAAGAGAAGACGGGUUUAGAAAGUAACAUAAAUUUAUAAAUGCUACUGUGUCAUAACGUAUGUAAAAAAAAACAACAACAAAAAAAUGCACUCUGUAUUUUAAUGCACUGUUUAUUUUUUCUUACCAACCGAUAAUACCAUUGGUUUAAUAGCUCAUACCACUGCCAUGAAAAUGUUUAUGUUGUUGGUGCAAUUUUUCCUGCUUGAUCAAAAAAAGUGCAUGCUUUGAUAUAUGGAGAUGAAAACAAAUAUUGUGGUACUUAAAUGAUCUCUUGUUUGUUACUCUUUUUCUGUUGUACUUUUUUGCCAUGUGAUGCAAAGCAGCAGUUAGUUUUUUCUUUCUUUUUUCCUUUUUCCAAAGCAACAACUUGUAGGAAUCAGAGGAAAGAAACAGAGAGGAGGCACUGGGAGUUUAGGGUUGUUUACACUCUGCUCUGGAGGGAGCGGGAGUGAUAGAGUCGGGGUGGGGUGCACAGCGAGUAUAAAGAUGGAUAAGAAUCACUGGAAACGAACACAGACCCAAAGGACCCUCCUCCUCCUCCUCCUGCUUUGCACACACAGACAGCCACACACACACACACACACACACACACACACACACACACACACACACACACACACACACACACACACACACACACACACACACACACAUCGGGGAGCACAUUUUGCCUGCACUUGGUCAGCCCUUGCAUAUACUCCCUCCCCAGCUGUGUUCAUCCACCAAUAGCCAACACAGACCUCUCUUUUUCUUUGCUUCACCUUUCUCCCUCACUGUGCAGGGGAGGGGCCUUUGAAGUCCAGUUCUGAGGGACUCAGGGAGUGAUAUGGGGGUUGAGGAGGGAUGGGCAGAGGCUGUGGGUCAGGCCAACCCCUGUCCUGAUAUCAACAAUGCACCAACGGCUCAACUACUGUCCGAUAUGAGAAAUGGCCAACAGCUGAGACACUUAACAAGCUCCGGCGAGGCUUCCCGUAAACAAUGCCGGCUGGAAAUCGCUAUCACACUUAAUCCUUUUUUCUCUGGCUGUCACCUAAUGUGUCACAUUUUCUUUACCCUGAGAGAGAAAGCACUGAUCUGAUAUAUUUUGUCGAACACUGUUCACACCGGUCGAGACAGAUGUUCAUUGCACAAAUACAGUAUGAUGAUGUAAAUGUGUAAAAUACUCUGUUGCUGUUCCGAUGUUGUUCCAAUGUAACAUACAGUAUACAGUAUAUUUGUUGAAAAAAAAGAAGAAAAAAGAUGGUUAUCACAGACACGUUGUACUUUGUGGAUGCAAAAUGUUCCAUGCUUUCCAUGCAGAUACAGAUGCUGUUUGUUAAUUGUCUUCAGAUAUAAUUAUGGGCCAAUACUGCUGUGACAGCUGUAGCCAAUGUUGUAUGUUCUUAAAGCACAGGGUUUAGUUUAAAAAUAAUGAAUAUAAUAAAAUAUAGUGUGACAGUGCAGAUAUGCAAAAGAUUGUAAUGUUUUAUAUUAACCUUCAUAAAAUAUUAAAAGUGAGUUUUUACUUUUCUAAUAAAGUGGCACAUUAUAACAUG